AUGGCUUUGCCGCUGCUUGCGUGUGGAGACAGGGCAACAAAGAAAGAAAGAAUGAAUCCAAUUACGCUCGAGAUUUGCAAGCAUUUGGACACAGUGGCGGCAAAAUACGAUUUGGACGGAGACUCGAUGUUGGAUGUAUUGGGAAAAGUGGUCGAUCAUUACAAAAAUCCAGUCACAUACAACUACUUGAAUAUGAAUGCUGAUUAUAGCCGCCAAAUCCACGCCCAAUCUACAAAAGUCACGCCAAUUCCACUCAUUGAUUUGGAUGAUGAGAGAGCGACCUCAAGCACUUCUCCAGUGGCUUCAAUUUUUGAUGAGAAUAAGAAGAAGGCAUGUCCAUGUGUUCCAUUUGAUCCAACGAUGCCCUGUUUCAACAAACAACUCGAAUCCGAUGAGUAUUAUGCGCUGGCUGAAUUGGAAGAGCUCAGCCUUGGUGACCGCGUGCUCUGUUUCAUGAACAUCAAAUCGGGAAGGAUCGUUGAAGGGAUCAUCACGAGUUUCACGAAAGAUAUGCGACCACAUGUGAAAAGAUUGAUGGCCAAUGGUAGAUAUACGGAUGAGAAGCGACCCGUUGGAUGUCAAUAUAACAGGCACAAAGUCAUCUACAAAGCAACAAAGAGGAUUGGCGAGAAUCUCGAUGAAGGUGGCUAUUCGAAAUGGGAAAAUUACGAGGAAACGGAUGAUGAUCUGAUGGUGAUCCCGAAGCAAGAUGAUGGUGAAUACGACUUUGAACUUCAGGGAGGAAAGGUAUCGAUGGCUGACAGCCCAAAUUCGACAGGUGAUGGAAAGGCGAAGAGACAACAAAGAACGUACAGUGUGGAUUUUAAGUUGGAAGUGGUCGAUUACGUGAAGGAAAAUCCAAUCAAAAACGAGGCAGCACGGAAAUUCGGUGUCGCGUCGAAACGAAUUCGCGAGUGGAUUGCACAAGAAGCCGAUCUUCGAUCAGCUCAAAUCAAAAGGGCACGCCAAAUUGAAGAGCUUGAGAGAGGAAACGUCGAAAUCGUUGAAGGUCCACCCAUCAAGCUUCCAGUCUUCUUAAACUCGGAUGAUGGAUUCGAUGAUUUGAAAUUGGAAACACUCGAC